AUGGUUGCUCUGUAUGACUUAGAGCUUGAGCAGCUUGAUGUGAAGACUGCGUUCUUGCAUGGCGAAUCACAAUUUGGAACAGAUACUCCACUUUGGAGACAUGGACCACCUCAUAAGCCAGUUUUGUGCAAUGCAUGUGGAUCAAGGUGGAGGGUAAGCAAGACACUUGACAACUAUAUGCCCAAACAUGCCAGUGCUUCUGAGGUUAGUGGUAGUAAAGACACCCAAAGCUAUCAACAAGGCAAAUUACCUCCUGAGGUAGAACCAGUAAUCCCUAUGAGAGCCCACAGUUGCAAAAAGCCACACCUUGAACCAAACAUUGCAGGCUUUGACCACUGUUCAGCUGGCUUUGGAGAAGAUACAAACAACAAAUGUACCUCAGAAUCGGUAAUAUCUCUGUCCGACAGCUGCAUUCAGAUGGGAAGUAUAAAUGGAAAGGAUGACCCAGGUUCAUUCCAGCCAGCAUUUUGGAAACCUCACGUUCCAACUAGAAAGAAGUCAAAGCUUAAACAGCGUAUACUAUCACCCGUUGAAAGACUCCAGAGGCAACUUCGUAAUAUUCUACAAGAACCAGAAUUCUCCAUGAUGUCUAAAGAUGAAGACAUACUCAUUUAUGAUAGCAAUAGAAUGUUUUCUACCGAAACUGCCCUUGGAGCAAUGCUACUGAAGUCACCGGCAGCUUCCUCCACGGAAAGAGGUACCAAAGCACACGCAUGUCGCAAAUCUGAUGCUCCUGUGGAAUCCUCAUCUUCAUAA